AUGGUGAAGAUUAUUGAAGCAUUAUUCGAUUCCGAUUCCGAUUCUUCAUUGUUCUUCCACUCCACCCUGAUCCCAAAUCUCAAACACUCCCUCUCUCUCACUCUCAACCAUUUCUUUCCUCUCGCCGGCAACCUCCUUUGGCCGGAGAAUUCUCCUCUCCCCUUCAUCCUCUAUUCCCCAAACGACGCCGUUUCUUUCACCGCGUCGAGGCAGACUCCGAUCAAAGACUGUCAGCCCUUCGUACCCACGAUCCAACCAUCCGAUGGCGAUUCUUGUGCCGCGGUUCCAUUAAUGUCCAUACAGGUUACUCAUUUUCCAAACCAUGGAUUCUCCAUUGGAUUCGCUACCCACCACGUACUUUUUGACGGCCAAAGCUUCAACCUUUUCUUGAAAUCAUGGGCGCACAUCUCCAAACUGACCACAAUUGGAGCAACCCAUUUGGAAUUGGAGGCUACUCUGCCACCGGAACUCACCCCUUCCUUCGAAAGAGCCGCCAAUGUCCUCCAAAACCCAUUCGUCCCCAAGACAACAACAUCACUAAGCUUCGACUCGUCCCAUUUUCCUCCAUCCAACUGGAUCUACUCCAAGACGUAUAAUUCUCAUCCGUCAGAAGUUCAGAAACAAGAACCAAACUCGUAUUGUCCGAAUGAUGGAGAAAGUAUGGGUUAUGGUGUUGUUCAAGAAGAGACGGAGGAAUCGGUGAAGAUGAACUUGAAAUCGGAGUCGUUAUCAACCUUCGUGGUGGCAUAUGCCUACGUGUUAAUCUGUUUGAUCAAGGCAAAACAAGAGGAGUGUAAAGAACACGUCAAUUUCUCAAUCUCUGCAGACGUGCGGGGGCUGUUGGAUCCUCCGGUUUCGAGCAACUAUUUCGGUAACUGCGUGACCCAUCCGGCGAUGCUGGUGGAAGCAAGGGAAUUCAGAGGAGAAAGUGGGUUUCCAAAGAUGGCCAAGAAAAUUAGCCAUCCGAUUGUGGAAUUGAGGAGAACUCGCGCGGUGGAGGUGCUCAAAAUUUCUGAUGUACAGCAGCAGGAGCGAGACAGUUUUAUGUAGAGAACCGAAUUCUGCUCGGUUGCGGCUUCGCCAAAGUACAAGUUCUAUGAAACGGAUUUCGGGUGGGGGAAUCCCAAGAAAUUUGAGAUCGUUUCUUUGGCAAACAACAAUGUUUCGCUGACUGAUACCAAAAAUGGAGUUGGUGUUGAGGUUGGUCUCGUUCUUCCAAACCUUCGUUCGGAUGUCUUUGCUUCUCUGUUUGCUCAGGGGCUUAAUUAGUUUUUUUUUUUUGUCCCAACAAUGUCUUGAAUUUCAUUUCUUUCCUCUUUGUUAACUCUCUCUUUGGAGAAAUUCUCAAAAAAAAACAAGAACAAAAAUAUGUCUUUGGAGAUUGAUGA